ACACAAAAAUAAACGUGAAUGAUGACCAAUAGGAGAAGUUUUUUUAAAGAAAAAGUACACACUAAAAAAAAUUAAAAACCAGCACCUUCCAAGGAUUGAACUCGAGUCAAUGGAGAUGCAGCUUUAAAACUUCACCGUUAGACUAGCAGUGUAGAUUUGUUUGAGUUUUGCAAGUGCAAGUAUUUAUCAGUACCGUUAUGUUUAUACGUAACUUUUCAAAUAUCGUGGAAAUUGUACGUAGGUUCUAAAAUUCUCGGGGGGGGGGGGGGGGGGGGGGGGGGGGGGGGGGGGGGGGGGGGGGAGCCCUCACCUAGCUCCGCCCCUGAGUGUCGUGUCUUUGUUCCUCGGAGUUUCUUCAGAGCGACCCAAGUAGUGGCUUAACAGGCUCUUUCAUCGUAGUCUGGUUGCAUACGGACUAACGUAUUUAUUUUGAGUCAGUCUUGUAAUUGUGUCGAGUUUUUGUCCCAUGCCCUUUGGGCUUGCCUUGGAAAAAGAAAAUGGUGGGUGUACUAUAUCUGGUGCUAGAGAUGACGAUUAUUUUGAGUAGAAGAAAUACAUUGUUUAUGAUAAAGAUACAAGUACCCAUUAUGAGUAGAAAGAACAAACUUUUGAUAUUGUUCAUAACUUGGACGAGGUAAAUACUAUUUCUUUUUCUUUUUUGAAUGAUGUAAAAUACUACUCCAACGAAAAAGAUAAUUGGUAUUUGUAAAAAGUUUACCAUCAAAUAUUUGUGCUCAAUAAAAUACAGGAAAACAAGGAAGAGAUCAUUGAAAUGCAAGAGAGAAAAAGAAGAGGAAAUUCAUAAUAGAAAUAAAUGUAUAACUAAUGGAGAAGAAGACAUUAAUAUGAUGAUGUUGCUCAUGCCGGAGGAAGUGCAAACAAGUUAAAAUGAAAAUGUCCAGUAAUCUUCGUUGAUGAGGAGUAAAUAGAAGGGUGAUUUUAAAAUGUCUUUAGGAGUCGGUCUAGAUUUGUCAUUCAUUUUCGUAAAAAGAUUUUAUUCGAUAAGUUAGUUGCGUACAAUGUCGAAAAACAUUAUUUAAAAUUUUUGGAUUGUUGAAGUGCUUUAAUAAUUUGGAUUCUCUUAUUCUACCGAAUAAUUUAAACGUUUCAACUAUUUGAAUAAUUAGAUUUGCUUAUACUAUCAAAAUCCACGAAUCUCACAAACAAUUAGAUAAUAUUAUUUAUGUGAUUGGCAUCCGGCCAACUGGUCGGGUCCGUGACUAGUUAUGAGUAAACAAAUACAAAACCACAUAGUGGAUGUGCGAGCUACCCAAUACGUAGUUGACUUUCGAUUGUAUUGACCCACCAAACGCCAACGACUUUAUAUGAAUUCUGUAUCAGUAAAGUCGUUGUCUGCGAUUUGAGAUUUCUCCAAUUAUGGCGAGCGAGAAGGAGAGAUCGGGAGGAGUGACGGAAACGCGCCGUCCAUGGGAAGAUCUCUGUCCAGAGCUCCUGAAUUUGAUUUACGUUAAGCUCCCUUCCCAUGUCGAACGCACCGAGUUCGGCUCCGUCUGCAAGAACUGGCGCCGGACCUACUCCUCCGCCGCCGAUUAUGCCCCGCCCCAGUCGUCCCACAACGCCGACUUCACCAUCUGCACCUUCCGCAGCGGCGGCACGACGAUGAUAACGUCAUGCCCACAGCAAAUCCCGGCCCAUCUCCGCGGCGAUUUCGCCGGCGCAACCGUCGUCGGCAGGGACGAGAUCGGCGGCUGGUGGCUGAUGAGCAAUUCGGCCGGCGAGAUCUUCUGCUGCUUCAAUCCCCUGCUCGAGCCGCCCAACGUCAUCGAGCUGCCCAGAAAUAAUAAGAAGAAGAGGCCGAGGCCGACAAAAGCCAGGACAAGAGCGGCGUUCUCUGCCCCUCCGACGGAUCCCGAUUCGAUGGUCCUGGUGGUCCACGGCGGCGGCGGGGGUUGUCACACCAGUUUCAGCACGUUCCUCCGCCGCGAGGGUUGGUGGACGAAUUACGAGAUCGGGUUCGGGAAAGGGAGGAUCUGCGCGGGGAUUGGGUGUAGGGGUGGGAAAUUUUGGUGCUUGUUCGAUACAGGGGAAGUUUUGAUCUUCGAAAUUGACGGCCGCGACGACGGAGCGUGGUGGAGGAGGACGGUGAUUAUGAUGGGAGCGGCGCGGCCACUCACGGCGGAGCGAUUCCGUGGGAUCAAUUACCUGUGUACGGCGGUGAAAUUGGAUGGAGGAGGAGAGGGGGAGGGGGGAUUUGAAGUGCUGAGUUGGGAGCGAGUUCAGAGAGGACUCAGCGAGAGCUUCUGGUUGGUCGCGGUGGAGAGAGAAACAACAGUGGCAGCUGCGGGCGCAGAGGAAUUGGAGGUUGCGCCGGCGUCGUUGGAGGAAGGGGCCGGCUCGAGGAGAGUGGUUUUGGUGUUGGACCAGCUGGGGAUGAUGUGGAAGUUGAGAAUACUUGAGGCAGCUGUCGAUUCGGUUGUAAAUCUGUAGAUGAUAGAGAUAUCAAUUUCGAUGUAACAAUUUCGAUGUAGAUUCGUUUCUUCUAUUUUUAUCGGUAUGAAUUGUUUUCGGUUUGUAUUUUUUUUGCAUGUCAACCUGUAUUGAGUUUUAUUAAUCAGAAACUGUUGUUACAUCGUCCAGUCGUAACUGAUCAAUCACAAUAAUCGGUGGCCUAUCUAGCCAUAUUACUGGUGAGUUCCAGUUCGUAUUACAUUUGGUCAUUAGAUGCGCCGCUUCAUUUGCUGUCCUUUCAACAAAGCGGAUCGCCUCUUCUAAUCUCAUCUCAAGGGCCCUCUUGAUACUCAUACAUAUUGUACCCAACUCGGUGAUAAUGACUUCUUGACCACAAAGUUUCUAAACCACUGAAAGACAGUCUGUUUCGAUUUGGAGGUUUCCCGCCAUAUGAAUGCCGAACUCGAUGGCCAGGGCCUCCGCUACUUCUGGCUCCGAGGCUCAUUGAAUCCUCUUGUCUAGUUCCUCUAUAUUUAGUUACUAGCUUAUAACCCGGCUCGUUGGCCGGAAUGUUUAUAUUUGAUUUUUUUAUACUUUUUAUGUUACGUUAAAGUCUAUCAACCCGUUUAAUUUUAUUGACAAUCUUUCAAUUGAGAUGAAACAUAAAGAAAGAAUAUAUAGGUCGAACAUUCAGAGAAAUAUCAUCAUCAUUUGAGAAAAUAAAAUAUAAAAAUGUAU